AUGUACUCAAAACUGAAGUUCCUCCAAGGCAAUUCGACUACCUCAGUUCGAUCAGCCUCUCAAUUCCGCAUAGACCUCCGAGGUCGGGGGAUUCAAUCGGACGAAAUCAUGGUCUCCUUCGAUGUGACGUCGUUAUUCACAUCCAUCCCACCAAACGUGGCCCGCGAAGUCUUGCGCAAGAGACUUGAAGAGGCGUACGAUGAGACUCAGAAUGCCCUCAAAAUUGAACACCUCAUGAGGCUGUUUGAAUUCUGUCAACAAACGUUCUUCACUUUUGCGGGAGAGACCUAUGAACAAAUCAAGGGAACCCCAAUGGGCUCACCGGUCUCCGGUUUGGUGGCAGAACUGGUUCUACAGGAGUUGGAAAAGAUUGCCUUCCUCCAACAUGAACCGGUGUUUUGGCGACGUUACGUUGACGACACGUUCGUCAUCGUAAAGAAGGACAUGCUGCAACAUUUUCACAGCCUGCUCAACGCAGUCUUCCCGGAUAUAAAAUUCACGAGGGAAGAAGACCAAGAACAGCAGUUGCCCUUCCUGGAUGUGCUCGUCAGACGAAACCUUAACGGUGAACUUGAAACAACUGUUUACAGGAAGGCUACGAACACCACACAGCUUCUCAGUUUUCACAGCAACCAUCCGGUGGCUCACAAACGAAGCUGUGUGAAGACACUCUUCAAACGGAUCCAAACUCAUUGCAGCAAACUGGAAGAUAGAGCGCGUGAGGCCCGUUAUCUCCGCGACCAGUUUGUGCAAAAUGGCUAUCCGAGGGCAUUCAUAAGUCGCUGCCUACGCGGUCGCCACCAGAGAACUCAAACAUCAACGCCACCGACGAUAUGGCACGCUCUGCCAUACAUCAAGGGUGUUUCAGAAGCGACCGAGCGCAUUGCUGCGGAGCUAGGGGUUGGAAUCGCACACCGCCCCAAAGCCACCAUGCGCAACAGGGUCAUGAAGAUCAAAGACCGGUUAAAACCUGAAGAGCAAUCUGGAGUAGUGUAUCGCAUUCCGUGUCAAAAUUGUCCUUGUGACUAUACGGGACAGACUGGACGCAUGCUCGGAUCGCGCAUACAUGAACAUAAGCUGGCUGUGAGGCGAGGCGACGCAUUGUCACAAGUGGCCGCCCACACCUACGAAAUGGGUCACGAGUUUGACUUCGCAGUCACCAAAAUAGUCGCCCACGCCGGAAACAAAACAGGCCGAGAAUUGAUUGAAGCCUGGGCCUCGGAUGAGAACUCGGUCAAUCGAUUUAUCGAUCUGGCGCCGGCGUACAGAGCCCUUCGUAGUCACCUCCAGUCGUGCGACGUCGGUCGAUGA